AUGACUACUAUUCGUUUGAAACUUCCAUCGAAUUUAUAUCGCCCAUGGAAACCAUUAUAUCGUCAACGAUCGAAAAAACAAAAAGAUCCACCAGCACCGUAUACACCAUUAGAGCAACAAAUCUACGAUAAUGCAAAGGUUAAAUUCGAUGAACGAGUGAAUAUACUCAAAGCAAUAUUUACAAAAGAGACACAAUCGCUGUCGACAAAAUCUCGAUUUGCUCAACUUCAACUCAAAGCAGAAGAACAAGAGUUUCGGCAAUUGAUCAGUAUGGUGAAUCAAGAGAAUGAACGUUUACUUGCUGUACGUCGUGAAGAUGAACGAGUGGCACUGGAAGAGGAAGAACGUAUUCGUUCACAAGUACUUAAUGUUCUAUCUGAAAAAGAAUUUCGUGAACAUCUGAAUGUCGAAGAAGAAGUGAAACAAAUGAAGAACGAAUCUCGUUCGUGGAUCAACCCAAAUGAUCUGUCCCGUGAAAUUGAACGAAUGCUCAAUGAAAAACAUGAUUACAACUUUUCGAUUGAUUUAGCGGGUAAAAAGCGAACACAAUCUGGAAAAGAGAUUGUUGAAGAUAACAAAUCAAAAUUAGUUUCGAUAUCAUCAUUUGAAUCUGAACCGAAGAACGUCGCAAGAAAACCACCUGGCGCUUCGAAAUACGAAGAAUAG